CCUAUCAUCCACCGAGGAACAUUGUGGACAUUGUUUACAUAAGUUAUAUCCACAUUUUUCUUCUCAUUUUUUUAAAUAUUAUAAAUAAUUUCGAAAAGAUUCAAAAUCAUUUCGAUUACUUUCUGUUUUUCAGGUAUAAUCGAUUAUCAUAAACCGAUAUUGAUUAAAAUCGAUUGUUUUUGCAAUCGGUUUGUUUUUUCAUCGAAUGGCGCUGCUAUAUCUCAACAGUGGUUGUCAAUUGAGAAACCGUUAUCUACAAUGGAUUUCGGUGUUAACGAUACAUUACUAACGUUUAAUGACAAAUGCAACGAUAGUCGAGACGUCGAAGAUUUCGAGAAUUUGGACGAAAUAUAAGAGACAUAACCUGCAAGUUCACUCAUCCCACUCGUAUAGAUAUUUUCGGUUAAUCAGCCACAAAGAUUACGUUUGAUCGGCUAAAAUGUUGGAGGGGCUUGUAGCUUGGGUGCUAAACAAUUAUCUCGGUAAAUAUGUGGAAAAUUUGAAUACGGAUCAGCUGAGCAUUGCCUUAUUAUCAGGGGAAGUUGAACUAGAAAAUUUACCCUUGAAUCGAGAAGCUUUACGUCAUAUUGGACUACCAGUAGAGAUUAAGGCUGGAUUUAUUGGUAAAAUUAGAUUGCAAGUGCCAGUUAGACAAAUAAGGACUGCAUCAUGGGUAAUAGGUAUGGAGCAGCUUUAUUUGGUAGCAGGUCCAAUUAAUCUGGAUGAGUAUGACAAUGAGGUAGAGGAACAAGCAAUAUUAGAAUACAAACUCAGUCGAUUGGAUGCUUUGGAAGCAAGGUGGAGAGCCAAUGUAGACCAUGAUCCUGGUUAUUAUGCCACGAGUUACAGUUCAUGGAUCAACUAUGGCACAUCUUUAAUAACAAAUAUCAUUGAAAAUUUACAGUUGAAUAUCAAAGAUGUUCAUAUUAGGUACGAAGAUGGUGUUACAUUGCCUGGUGAUAAUGGUAUUGCGUUUGGUAUUACAAUUGGAGCACUUAUUGCUCAGAGUUGCGACGCCAGUUGGAUACCUGGCUCUACAUCUUGGAAUCUAACAGAUGCCUCUUUCAAACUAAUGGAACUCGAUAGUCUUGCAAUUUAUUGGAGCCACAUAAAGAAAGACCAACUCUUCAGUGGUCUCAAUCUUGGCGAUUUAGCUAUUGCCAUGAGCAAAUCGAGAAACGGCACGAAAAGUUACAUUUUAUUACCCGUGAACGCAAGGGCGCACAUUAAAAGAGAUCGAACCGAACGACCGUUGAGAUCUAUUAAUAAUCCGCGUAUCGUAGUAGAUUUACUUUUGGACGAAGUACCGUUAUCUAUAACAGACGUUCAAUAUGAGGAGAUGGUCAAGUGUAUCAAAGAGCUUGAACGAAUAGAUCGUCGCAAGCAACAGUGGCGAUGUAGACCCAAGAUGCCUGUGACGGGUGGCUGCACGGAAUGGUGGAGGUACGCCGCUCGAUGUCACCUCGGCAGAGAGACGCUCAAGCCCAAGCCAUCUUGGAAAGUUGUACUUCUCAAAGCCAGAGAGAAUGUUUUUUACGUUCAAGCGUACGCUAAAUUGUUAGGUACACCUACUUCGACCCUGCCGGCGGAAACUAAAAGGCUGAAAGAGAAGGUCGAGUGCGAACGAAGUUUCGAUGAGCUUAGAAUACUGAGGGAACUGGCUAUGUACAAGAUAAGACCCGCCAAGUCUCACGAAAAGCCCGAUGAGAGCGUGCCGCAAGGGCGCGGUAUGCUCGAACAGUGGUUUCCGCAAUGGUGGGGCUGGUACUCGAAAACGCCUCAUAGUAACACGCAAAACGCCUCUUCGACCACCUUUGACGGAGAACUCCUGGACGUUUUAGCGGACACCGUAGACGAUGACACUCUGCUGCGACGCGACACAGUAUUCGGGCAGUUCAAUUUCGCUCUGGUGCAUGGUGCUAUAUCGUUAUGCACCGAACGAAACGGCAGCGACAAUAUCAAGACCGUUAUAGAGCUAAAGUUUGAGAAAGUUAAUUUGAGUUACGAGUCACGACCCAGAUUCGGAUCACACAGGUUCUCAGUCAGUCUGGGUGCUUUGUAUCUUCAUGAUUUUCUCACAGAGAAUUCAAUGUUUCCCAUCCUAGUACAGCCCCAGGUCGCGUCGAGUGCGACGUCCAUACGCGCACGCAACUCGUCGGACAAGCCGAAGAAACAGAUGCCGUUGCAUCUGUUUGAACUGGUAUACGAGAAGAAGCCGUUACACGUCAGCACGGAUCACUUGCUGCAUGUAUACUCCAAGUCCCUGGAUGUCGUGUACAAUCCCACCGUAAUAUACUGGCUGAUAGACUUCAUGUGCAAGCCAUUCCGGUCGUCGUCUAAUCAACGAUUGCAGGCGAUGAAGCGUCGCACAAGGAAGCAGCUGAUGAAGAACUGGGAACAAAUUUUAGACGGCGACUUUGUAUAUCGUUCCUCGUGGGAUCUACAGUUCAAAAUUUCCGCGCCGCAGAUCUUGCUGGUGGAGAGCUUCGUCGAUACCAACGCGGCUAUGGUGAUAGUCGAUCUGGGCAAAUUACACUUGUCAAACGACGCAAACCUGAAUCAGGUGACACUAAGAGCAGCCGAGUCGACUAACAGCGACGACGAGGAGGAGAGAUUCGAGACACCGUGCUCCACUCCGCCAGGUAGCCAGGAAAACGGUUCGCUACACGAUUUCCAAGGCUUGUCCGAGACAGAAUUGCACAAGAAAUUGUACGACCAGUAUUCUAUUGACUUGGUGGAUCUGCAAAUCUUGGUGGUUAGAGCGAAAGACAAUUGGAAGUAUGUUCGUACUAGAGGUAUGUCCACGUUGCAUCUCUUGGAGCGUUUCAAUAUAUCACUGCAAAUCGAGCGACGAGUCUUCAUUACUUCGGACCCCAAUUUCCCGUCGGUUACGGUGUCUGGCAACUUGCCGCGACUGGUGGUACACGUGAACGAAUAUAAAGUGGGCGCGAUGCGUCUUAUAUACAAUUUACUGUCAAAUUUCUCCAAUUCGGCCGGCAUCCCUCAAACGGAGACUGUCAGCGCGGAGCCCGAAAGUCCACGAAGAGAAGAGAAUUUAGAUCGUUCGUUGAGUCACGCCGUGAUGGUACAGUUUAUUAUCGAUCAGAUGACCUUCGAGCUGCAAUCGAGAGGUCGUAGCGUGGCGGAGCUGCAGGUCUCCGGUGUUCGAGCAGCCCUCAGCAAGAGAAUGGCGGACCUGAGUAUCUCCCUCUCAGUCCACGGAUUGCUUCUGGUCGAUGCCAUUCAAGUGCUGGGUUCGGAUUUUGAACUUUUGAUGGCUAGUCACAAGCACGUCGGCAUGGACAGUAUUUCCGGCAGCCUAAGGGACUCGGAGCCGACGUCACCGGUUUCGCCGGAAUCGCCCGAAUCCCCGGACUCGACGAAGCCGGCGCGACUCACAUCGCCUGUCGCCUUGACUGACGCUCUGUCCAGCUUGGUGAGCAAAACCAAAACUCCACAGGAGUCACGCAGGAGUAAUUCGCUAGCUGGUAUCGAGAAACUGGACUCGGAAGCACUGAUUGUCGUGGAGCUGACACUAGUGGACGAUCCCGUGGAAAAUCUGAGAAUGGCGAAUAUACAGUUCAAUAAUCUUGACAUCAUAGCCAAUCAGGAGACAAUAGUGGAGUUGAUGGGUUUCUUUCAAAGGAUCCUGCCGAUAAGGUCGAGAUCGGCGCGCAUCGAGAGAUACGGUUCUCUGUCGAGUCAGAACGCGCAAACAAGAUCAACGUCGACGCGAACGGAGAUCACCUUCGACUUCCAUCGCCUGAACGUACUGUUGCUGCGCGCAGUGAUGCAAGGUGACAGCCUGGUGGGGCAGAAGAUCGCCACCGCGACCAUGUCGGACGCGCGCAUACAAGCGACAUUAGCCGUCGACACUUCGAUCUCGGGCUCCCUUGGCGGGGUGCAAAUUCUCGAUCAGACGUUGACCGGCAAAACGCAUCAGCGGAUACUCAGCGUGGGCAGGGAUCCACUGGCGGAUCCUCCGCACUAUCCGCUAGAGCACUUUGGCAGUUUAUCCGAUCAGCCGGAGGCGUUUCGAUUCGUGGCCAGCCGCAGCAUCAGGCAAGCCAUCGACGAGCAGGAUUGUACGGAGACCGUGGUGGACCUGACGAUACGUGUGGCCAGCGUCUGGUACACGCACGCGCCGCAUCUGAUAUCGGAGUUGCGUUCGUGCGCCGACGAAUUUAAGCAGUACCUGAGUAACUUUGCGCGGCAGAUCAGCGCGGCUGCCACCGACAUGGCGAUCGGCUUGGUAAAUGCCGAGGACUGGACGAUUCCGCCGCGCAAACGAUUGCCGAGCGUCUCGUAUGACCUGGAGAACACAAAUGUGACAUCGUUGCGACUCGAUGUGCUACUAGAGAGCCCGGUGUUAGUGAUACCGCGCUCCUCGCACAGCCGGCAGGUAUUUGUAGCUCACCUGGGCACGAUGUCGUUGCAGCACGAGCCUCAUCUCGGGUCCCUGGCGAAGCACAAAGUCACACUAGAGGUACGUGACAUGAAUCUCUAUUCUCUCGAGGUAUCCGCGAAUGCGAGCCAGCUACAGAAUAAUUUGCCGAUGAGAGCCGAGGAAAUGUACUCGUGCAAGGAGUCGGGCAAACCGAUAUUACACGAUACAAUGCUUAAGAUACUGGUGGAGAAGGAGAACACGUUGACGCAGAGCACGAGUUUUCUGCUGGACGGUGACUUCACUAACAGUCCGAUCGUGCAAGUGCACGGGGCCGUGAUAACACCGCUCAAGGUAUCUCUGUCGCGCGGCCAAUACGAGCAGUUACUCGACACUAUUAACCGAUUGUUCUCUAUGCCGGUGAGCGCCGCUGCGGUCUCAGUGUCCGAUCAUCUCGACGGCAGAUCCAGAUAUUCCGAGAAGUUGGACCUUUCCAUGAAGGUCUCGUUCGAGCUGCCGAUCCUGAGCAUGGAGCUAAAGCGAGCGCACUCGGAGCAGCCGCUUAUCGAGUUGUCAAUGCGUGACUUUGUCGUCAAGUACGAGAAUUUGCACCGGAACGAGUCAACCAUUCAGGUAGCGCUGCGUUCCCUCCUUAUGGAGGAUCUUCUGUGUCCGGUGGGCUCACGGCACCGCUUUAUGAUGCAGUCGUCGGCACCCAUGCGUGCCAAGUUGCCCACUGGCGCAUCCAAGUCGUGUCCGGAUCUCGCUUACGCGCGACAGUUGAAGAAUGUGUACGGUCGCGGCAGUUUGCCCGACCGUUUGGAGACCGACACACUGUACGGCACAAUCCCGGCGCACUGGCGCAGGAAACCGAUCUCGCCGUCAGCCGACACGCCGAACACGCCGCCGCCAUCACCAGGCGCGAUUGCCAGCGAGGAGAAUCUCGUAUUGAUGAGCAUUACCAUGUAUCAGCCAGAAGAGAACGCGCGGCCGGAAGAGCGGUGCCAUCGCAAAAUGGUAACCGUGGACUUCAAUUGUCUGGAUCUAGUGAUAAGCGUGGAGUCGUGGAUGGUGGUGUUUGACUUCUUUGGGAUUGCAGGCCUAUCCGAGGCGGCGUAUAGUGGGACGGCCACGCGUCGCGCCACGCCUGACUACGAUCGCGCGAGUAAGGUGGACGAUUUGCCGAUACGCUCCGAGACGGAGAUAGAGGUGAGAUCGUUGACACUGGUGCUGACGCAACGAGAGCGCGAGAUCGCGAAAGCGAAUGUAUCCAACGCCAGUAUGUACGUCCUCAACGCAAACGGCAAGACCAAGGUCCUGGGACAGUUGGGCUCGAUGUCGUUGCUAGAUCUAACGCCGCACGGCCGUUUCUAUCGGGAGAGAUUUCUCACGUCCGGCAGGAAAGCGCUCAACUUCCAAUACUCGAGUUACGCCGAUUGCGAGCACCGGCCGCAUGACGCACGCCUCAAGCUAGAAAUGUCCGCGGUGCACUACGUGCACACGCAGCGAUUUGUCGCGGAGUUGCAGACGUUUUUCAGCCACUUCUCACAGCUGUGGAGUAUUAUGCGAAAUUUGCGAGCCGGAGCCGGCGCCGUCCUAGACACGAACAAGCGCGGCACGCGACUCUCGUUGGAGUUGCAUGCCGGCGCACCUGUGAUCCUGUUGCCGGUGAGCUCCCGCUCCGACCAACUGAUCCUGCUAGAUCUGGGGGAGCUCACCGCGCACAAUCGAUUCGACACCUCGUCGGUGGUGGCGGAUUGCAUGCUGGAAGUCAUGUUGCUCGAGCUGGUCAACAUGGAUGUGUACGCGGCGCGACGACUCAAGUGUGACAGCCUGAACGAUGACGCGAGUGCUCUAAGAGUAGGUGGUUUCCUCAUCAAGAAGAUGGGUUCCUCACUGCUCACGGAGAAAUGCCAUCUGAAACUGCGUGUCGAGCGGAAUUUGGACACCUACAUCAGUCGCGUCAUACCCGAUCUGAGCGUGCAUGGUAUACUGUCGACGAUGGACUGCGCCUUGGACCCCGCACAAUACAUGCUAAUCCGCGGCCUCCUGUCUUACAACAUUGGUGAGAAUUUGGACGACUUGCGUCUCCUCGUUCAGGAUCUAAAUCAUACGUACGUGAUUUCGGUGGAGAACAAUUGCAUCAACACAUGGACAAGAUCCUGCAUCACACUCGAGCUGGUGAACGUGACUGUGAGGCUCCAUCCCAGCCACAACAUCGCCGCGUUAGCGUGCAUCAAUUUCAUCAAAUCGAGACUGACUCUGGACUCGCUAAGCGACGGAUCGCAGGACAUCGAUCUAGUGUCACAGGAGAUACUAGUGACAGACACGCGUUUUCAAAAUGAGCCAGCCGAUCGUCGAUGCAACGUGUUUACACGUAUCUUGCAGCCACUGAGGACCUCCUACGAUAGCACGGAGAGUCGCGUUCAAGCUGAGGUACAUCAUCGGAAGCGUAAAACUUACGCCGCAACUACCAUAUUGCUGCACAGCAUGCGGCUAACCGCCAUCCUGGACUGGUGGGAGGCCGUGCGAGAUUUCAUAUUGCUGAAUUCACCGGAACCGGACCCUAUACCCGGAACCUCGCAGUUAGUCGUCUGCCAGGAGACUGAGACUGCCACCACCGCAUCGACCGGCUUGCCGAUCGAACUCAAGAUCAACAUCACAGGCUCGGAACUGGUGAUUGUCGAAGACACCUCAUUUCUCGAUACCAAUGCUGUGAUACUGAAGACCACUGCCGUCUUGUCGUAUCGCUCUACGCCACAGGAGGGCGAAAAGCCACUCUCCUGCAAUCUUUCGCACUGCGAGCUGUUCUCGUGUGUCUUAGGUAUGGAGAAUGAGACUGCUUUGUCGAUCAUCGAUCCGGUCGGGGCGAGUCUGGAUCUCACACAGGACAAGUACUUAGAGGUCCAACUGCAGCCGCUGUGCGUGAGAUUGAGCUAUCACGACGUGACCAUGUUCUCCAGGAUGCUGAGCUCCAUUCCCAAGCAGACCUCGUGGGCUAAACGGAGGUCGAGCGAGGUCGACGGUGUUGUGGACAGCCGAGUGUCGAAACUGACCACCUUAGGCUUCGCCGAGGUUGACUGUAGAACCGCUUUGGAUCAUUGUGACGGCCAGCUGGACGACGCUGCUUUGUGGCUGACGCAAAACGCUGAACCAGCUUCUGAAAUCGCCGCUAAUAACGAUGAAUCUGUAUUCCGCGCCGUGGAGUUGCAAGCGUCUUGCAUACGAAUCUGCGUUAUAGACGACUGUCGGGACGCGGAUGUACCGCUGCUGGAGAUCACACUGACGGAUUUUAAUCUGCGUCAAGUGAAUCAACAGCCUGGUAUGCUGUCGGCUACUUUUGGCGUGGAUUAUUACAAUCGAGUGUUGAGUGGUUGGGAGCCGUUCAUCGAGCCCUGGCGCGCGAGCAUUCAGUGGGAACAGCUUACCGGCUCAUUCGACCUCAAGAAACUGCACGUGACUAUUGAUUCCCAGGAUUCUGUCAAUGUCAACGUUACCCUGACUUUGGUAGAACUCGUGCAAUUAGUCAAGCAUAAUUGGACGCAGGAUUAUUAUCUGUCUAAUGGGCCUGUCUCGGCCACUGCCAAAUUGGCGACGAAAGGGCAAUGGUAUCGGCGCCGUUCGCCUUUCGUGCCUUUCGCCUUGAAAAACGACACCGGCUGCAGUCUCUGGUUCAAAACAUUCAUCGCCACCGCAGGCGAUGCGAUGGAUUCCGGGAAAAAUUUUCAAAGAAAGAAUUCCGUUCGUAAGGACAACACAUGGAUAGAAGUGACUCCGGGAGAUACCACGUCGUUUACGUUCGAAGGGAGAGGAAAGCUGAGGCAUCACGAAACGCACACCGUCAGAAGACAUCAGAUCGUGGUACAGGUCGAGGGAUGGAAGCCGGUAGAGCCCGUAACCGUUGAUCGCGUUGGUAUAUACUUCCGACACACGAAUGCGGACAUUGCCGAAUCUGAGAUGAUCUCACCGAAGGCUAGGCUCGUGUUCGCUGUGGAGUUGGAAGGAUCCGCCAGGAAACUGGUCACCGUUAGGUCAGCUCUUCAGGUAGCAAACAAGUUGUCUCACACGAUCGAGAUCAAGAUGGAGACAUCAUUGAAUCAAUUUGGAUAUUUAAUACUAACGUCGGCCAAUAUUGGGAAAAUGCAACUGCCGGCGCAGUCUGUGACGUCCUUACCUCUGUCGCAUAUCGGAGUGCAGAUGUGUUUCAAACCACUCAUUCCAAAUUGCCAGUUCCAAUAUUGCACGGAAUCGGUAAACUGGACAGUAGUAAAAAAACCGAUGGAAGUGAUGGAAAACUAUAUCACAUGUCGAACCAAUCAAAACAACAUAUUCAGAAUGUGCGUGGCGGUAAGACGAAACAAUUAUCCUGUCGACGGUGCGCAAGUUUUGCCGGGGCAUACAAUCACGGUGAUGGCUCCCAUAACAAUGACAAAUCUGUUGCCAUACGAGUUGACGUACGAGGCGAGUGCAGAAGGCGGUAGAAUUUCGCCUGGUUGCAGCGCGGAUUUGCACUGUUCAAAUCUGGAAGAGCAACUGGAGAUUAACAUUCAGCUGGAUGGUUAUCCAGGAUCUGGAACGAUAAUAUUACCACCAAACAGUUGCUCCUUCACCGCCCGUCUCAAACUACUGGACUCCGCUAGCAGAAUACUCCACUUGCAAGCAGCUGUGAUUGUCGAGAAGGGUUCAGCUAUACAGAUUAACAUCACCGCGCCUUACUGGAUCAUAAAUAAAACCGGUCUACCAUUAGUAUUCAGACAAGAAGGGGUUGGUAUCGAAGCAGCGGGGCAAUUUGAGGAACACGAGAAGGCGAAAAUGAUUGCGCCGUUGCUGUUUUCGUUCAGUGACGAGGAAGCCAGUAGAACCGUGUCAGUGAGAGUCGGUACCGAGGUUCAUUCUCACGGAAUACCGCAGUGGUCUCAACAUUUUUAUUUACAGCCUGGUGUCCACGUUCAUCGCCUAAGAAUUAGUCUACGCGACGGGAGACCCGAUAUAGUUUACUUGAUUAGUGUGGCCAUUCGCGCUGCAAGAGGAAGAUACGGAGCUACCACAGUUGUCACGCUGUCGCCGAGAUACCAGUUUCACAACAAAUCGUCUUAUACGUUGCAGCUAGCCCAGAAAUGUUUCACGACGACUGUGUCUCAUCCAGAUGCUCAGGCGACGUACAUCACGAUUAUGCCUGACUGUCACAUGCCGUUUCAUUGGCCUCGACUGGACAAAGACCUGUUGCUUUGCGUCAGGAUUAUUGACGUUCGGGAUUGCAUGUGGUCAGGCGGUAUAAAAUUGGACAGUAAUUAUUCCCUGACUGUCAAUGUCAGGGAUGUAACGGGGAAGAUGCAUUUUCUGCGAGUGGACGUGGUGUUGCAGGAAACCACAUAUUUUAUCGUGUUCACCGACGCUGAUACUAUGCCACCGCCAAUAAGAGUGGACAAUUUCUCAGCGGUUCCUUUAAUCAUAAAUCAGAUUGGAGUUCCCGAUGGUCUACAGUGGACCGUGAGACCACAUUCAUCGGUACCUUAUGCUCUGGAUGAACCUAUACAAACUGCUGCUUUAGCGUUGACAGCACCGGGCGGUGCGACAGCUUCUUACGACUUGAACGUACUCGGAGAGAACAGGGGUCUAACUUAUGAGAACUUUAUCUACAUUGCAUUCACAGGUACCUUCAAAACCGAUACCGAUCUUGGGACAGGUGAAAACGAUUUGGAUCCACUCGACAUGGAAACCCAGAGAUUGGUCUUGGAAGCUGGCCCGGGUGGUUGGGUCGCCCUGCGUAGAAAACAAUACGGCGCUAGGUCACAACUUUGGAGAAUGACCGGCGAUGGACAGUUGCAACACGAAGGCACCAGUCCGCCGAGAGACAAGCAUUCCAAGGAUGUAAACACGAUAUACGUUUUGGACAUUGCGGGCACCGCUCCGCAACCUUUCACGUAUUGCGCACUCGCACUGAGAAAGCCGGAUCCUAGACGAAGAUCGACGCAAACUUGGCGAUUCACCGACGAUGGCCGACUGUGUUGUGUGCACAAAAAUAUGUGCGUUCAGUCGAAAGACGGCUUUAUGGGACUAUACGAAGGCGGCAGUGUUGCCCGUUGGCAAAUGUGGAGCGAAGCUGUGUUGGGUCCAGAAACGCCUGGUAAUCUACCGCCUGUCGAGCAACGAGUGGGUAGACAAAAGUUACGGCCAGGUUCUGGAUUCUUGACGAUUAGAGUGACCACAGACGGUCCGACUCGAGUCCUGCAAGCUCUGGACAUCAAAGAAAGACAUAAGAUGUUCGCCCUACUCGAGGAACGCGACUGGUCACACAUUGCAGUGAGUCAUCGACCCACGCAGAUCGAUGCCGACAUCAAGAAACUGGAUUCGCGUGAAUUAAAUCUCAAACUAGAUCUGCCAGCCGGUCUUGGAUUGUCCAUUGUGUCGCAGAGACCGGUGGAGGAAUUGUUGUUCGCACGACUAGCCGAGAUCUCUCUGAAUCUUAUACGAACUCCUUUGAGCACCACGUUGGAUCUGAGCGUUGCCGAUGUGCAGAUUGACAAUCAGCUGUUCGAGGCGCAGUGUACAUCGGUUUUGUUCGUAACACGACCGUCUCGUACAGACGACGAGAGACCCGCUUUGCACAUCGCAGCAGAGAAGCAGCGAUCGAAGAAUCAAAAUGCCGAGAUAUACAAGCAUGUUAUAGUCAGUAUCAAGCCUCUAUGCGUACAUCUGGAAGAGAAAUUUAUUUUGAAAUUGGCGGCGUUUCUCGGAAUCGGUAAGUCUGAAUUGGAAGUGCCGGUCGACGAGAACGAUUUCAAGGCACAGAGAUUUAUCUCCGAGGUGUCUGCCGCACAUGCCAAAAGAUAUUACUUUGGCGCGCUAAAACUCGUCCCUAAUCAGGUAAAACUUAGCGUACUCACCACUACCAAGUUGCCGCAACAUUUGCAGGCUGUGAAGAGAAAAUUGGGCUUGACCUUGAUUAAUUUUGAGAACGCAACUAUCGAGCUGCAGCCGUUCACCAAGAAACAUCCUUUCGAGAGUAGUCAAUUCUUGGUGCAUUCUAUCGUAAAACAUUAUAAAGAUGAGUUGAAAUGGCAAGCUGCAAUUAUUUUGGGUUCCGUGGAUUUCUUGGGGAAUCCUUUCGGAUUCGUGAACGACGUGACGGAAGGUGUUUCUGGUCUCAUUUACGAAGGCAGCGUGAAAACUUUGGUGAAGAACGUCACCCACGGUAUUUCCAAUUCGGCAGCGAAAGUAACGGAAUCUUUGUCGGACGGAUUAGGAAGAGUGAUCAUGGACGAGAGGCACGAAGAGGCCAGACAGAGGAUUCGAGCCAACACCACGGGUAGUAGCGAUCAUUUAGUAGCUGGUCUAAAGGGUUUCGGCUUUGGUCUAUUAGGUGGUGUCACCAGCAUAUUUAAGCAGACCUACGACGGAGCGGCCAAUGAAGGUUUUCCGGGCUUCUUUGCCGGUUUCGGGAAAGGUGUAGUCGGUACGAUAACGAAACCCGUUGUUGGUGUCCUGGACCUGGCGACAGAGACAGCUAGUGCUGUACGAGAAACGAGUAGGAGUGCUAAUCGCGCUAUACCAAAACGCGAUCGACCGCCACGUGUCGUCAGUGGUUCCACUGGAUUGUUACCUCCAUAUAAUCGCCAGCAGGCCGAAGGCCAGGAGUUUUUGUACAGUAUCAACGAUCGCGAUUACACCGAACUUUUCGUAGCGUACGAAUGUUUACGCAGCGGCACGGAAAAUCUCAGGGUGCUCGUGUCAAACGAAAGGAUACGCGUCAUCUCCGGCGGCACGAAAGCAGUGGUAACGGAAGUCAGUCUGGCGAAUCUCCUGUGCUGCAAACCAAUGCAGAAAAUGGAAAGUAACGGCGUCACUUUGUAUUACAUAGAGAUGAUAUCUCUACACGAUAGAUCCGAUAUUACUGCCACAGUGAGUUCAGACGGUCAUGAAUUGCUAAGACGGCCCAAGGUGCGAUGCGACAAUGAAGAGGUGGCGAAACGCGUAUCGCGACAGAUCAGUUAUGCCAAAGGGAUGUACGAGGAACGCAGUUUGACGUUGUCAUCGUCGGAUAAUAUGUUGGACGACGUACAAUACUACAAGUAAUGACGCGAUACCGAUCGCACGUCGAGAAUUUAAUCUCAUUUCUGACACGUUUAUUUGGCGUACUAGUCAGGAUUUCAAACUUUAUUUUGCGAUACACUACCGGUAAUGCCUUAGUUACAGCCCUUAACGUUAAGUUACGAAAAGACUGAUACGAUAUACGAUAAAUACGAAAUAUUAUAACUCUCCGUCGGCACACAAGGUGUGAGUCGAUCGUCGAGCGUAAUCGUAUUAUGAUUUCGCGUAGUUUUGUAAUUGUGGCACGGAAACUUGCACAGUAUGGAAACUUUUGAUAUGGAUCGAUACAAAUGUAAAAACGAAAAAACAUAGAUAUAGGAAAUAAUAGAAAAAGAUUUUUUAAGGAUAUACAUACCUAUAUACAUGCUGCGAUUACUUAGCUUUACGCACACACGGUUCUGUAUAUGUACAGAGUAUCGUAGAAUCACUCUUUCCAAUAUAAUCCUAUAUACAGAGAUGUUUUCCUCGAUAAAAAUUCAAUCGAGAAGAUUAUCAAACAAGCGCCUAAUUUGUAACCACCUUCUUCUAAUUUGACGUUUGGAUAAAUUCUAUUACAGUAAAAUCACGAUACUAUUAGCGAUUCAUUAUGAUUAUAUUUUUUAAUUAAUGCGAUUCAUCAUGAUUCAAUUUUUUGAUUAAUUAAUCGUCGUCGAUUAAUAAUCGUCGAAUAUAGAUAUCAUUUUUCUUCAUGAUUAUUUUGACAUCAUUUAUUGGGUGCUUUUGAGAUAUUCUGUACAUAUGUUUAUGUACAUAUGUAUGAAAGUCAAUUUACUAUCCAUUUCUGAAAAAAUAUAAUCACGUAGCAAGAUAUCAGAAAAGCAAUUAAACCAAAGCUUUGCAUAGGAAUAACAGAAAAUGUUUAUUUUUUAUGCUUACUCUCUUACUAACACACAUUGUUUUUACUUUGGCGAUUCGCAUUUUUCGUUUUAUAGUAGUUCAUCAUGCUGUUUUGUACAAAAGCGACGCAAGUUCCCUUAUAUAUACAUGGCGUGUAACAAUAAUGUGUAAACUGUACAAAUAGAUCAAGUCUAGAGAAUUAGGUAUAUUUAAGUACUUUUGUAAAGCUGGCGUAUGAUGCGAAAAUAACAUGUGUUUGUAAUAUAUUGAUAUAUCGUUAAGCAAAUUAAUAAAUGUUACGUUCGUAAAAAUAGGACGUAAUAUGAAAAAUCUGCAUGUCAUAUUAUUAUAUACAAUAUGUGUUAUUUUUUUAAAUACUCAGCUGCCACAUGUGAUAAGAUUAAAUCGUAAAGAAAAUCUUACUUACGUUUUCGGAUUUAGCAUAAAAAAUGUAUGCAUACUAAAAAAUGCGUAAAUAUAUAAUAAUAAAUAUUAUGUUUACUAGCAAACAGAAUAAUGAAAUUGUUUCAGGAUUGACAAAAGUGGACACGAUCAAUUAUGAGAAAUAAAUAAAACUCAGCAAACUCUAA